AUGUUCUCAACCCGCAGCGCAGCCAACCGACUAGCACGGCAAAACAGUGGAGAACGCUCCUGGAACCCAUAUCAAAUGUUCGGUCAAAAAACACACAACCGAUCGAACUCUAUGCAGCUCGAGAAUGGACUAUCCCAUUCCCAGACCCUGGAUGACCUCCCAACAGACCAGCUUCGAAAAGAAGAAAUGAACGCCGGCAUUAGCGCCCCGGAGUACUCGAACACGUUCCCGGCAGAGUUUACUGGCAGCGACCAUGAGACACACAAGUCUCCGCCUGAACCGUCCAUGGCUAGCCAGGAUCCGAUCAAUGUUUCGUCGACGCGCGGGAUUGAUACUGAGAGUGUUGGAUCGGCGCAAACGCGUUACCGGAAGGGUGGCAUUUUGGGCAAGUUUAAGCAUAACCAUGAUGACGAUGAGGGGGAGGAGAAGAAGCCGCGUCAGAAAUUUACUUUCGUCUCGCAGUUAAGGGCUACUCUCUUGAACUCGUGGAUCAACGUUCUUUUGGUUGCUGCGCCUGUUGGAAUUGCGCUUUAUGCUGUUCACGCCAAUCCGAUCGCGGUCUUCGUCGUUAACUUCAUUGCUAUCAUUCCGCUUGCUGCCAUGCUCAGUUUCGCAACUGAAGAGAUUGCCCUUCGCACGGGCGAAACAAUCGGUGGUCUGCUUAAUGCGUCAUUCGGUAACGCCGUCGAGCUGAUCGUUGCAAUAAUCGCGCUGGUCCAACGCAAAACCCUCAUCGUGCAGACCUCGCUCAUCGGAAGUAUUUUGUCCAACCUGCUCCUGGUGAUGGGAAUGUCCUUUUUCCUCGGGGGUAUCCCUCGUAUAGAGCAAAAUUUCAACGUGACGGUUGCCCAGACAGCCGCGAGUAUGCUCGCAUUAGCUGUUAGCAGUUUGAUCAUCCCCACUGCCUAUCACAGGUGGUCUAAUCUUGAAAAUGGAGACGGAACCGCCGCUCUAUCUCGAGGAACCAGCGUCCUCCUCCUAAUCGUAUACGGCUGCUACCUCUUCUUCCAGCUGAAGUCGCACGCCGAUAUCUACAACAAACCUAGCGAGAAGGUUGAACGGCGACACGCAAAGGUCGGCGAAGGCGACGCUAGUCGGGGCAUUGCCCAAAUCGGCAAAAUGACUGCCGUGCCGUUAGUCGGACAGAACGCGGACCACAUGCAAAUGGAGGAUCCCGAUGAUGAUACCGAGGAGCCGCAGUUGUCUGUUAUGACUGCCAUCCUCACGCUGCUUAUCUCGACUGCGUUUGUUGCUGCGUGUGCCGAGUUCAUGGUUGAAUCCAUCGACGCUUUGACUGCUACCGGUAACAUUGGCGAGACGUUCGUCGGGUUGAUUCUUCUACCUAUCGUUGGUAAUGCGGCCGAGCACGCUACCGCGGUGACAGUCGCAUGCAAGGAUAAGAUGGAUCUUGCUAUUGGUGUCGCCGUCGGAUCUAGCAUGCAGAUUGCGCUGCUUGUGCUGCCACUGAUUGUUGUUCUUGGGUGGAUUAUUGGUGUUGAGGAUAUGACUCUCAACUUCGAUGGAUUCCAGGUGAUCGUACUCUUCAUGUCCGUUCUUUUGGUCAACUACCUCAUUGGUGAUGGCAAGUCUCACUGGCUUGAGGGUGUCUUGCUGAUCAUGAUGUAUCUUAUUAUCGCUCUUGCGGCUUGGUUCUUCGUUUAA